UUCUUGAUCUGUCACCGGCAUCAUCUCCCCUUUGUGUGGAGUGUAUUGUGGACUAUAUUGUAAUGUGAUGUUCUUAUAUGUAGUUCAAUUGGUGGAAGGUGGACAGUCAUAGCAGUUCCAUACAUUGUUUUCCUGUCCUAGUGAAAGUUAUCUUAUUAUAAACAGGGUGGUUUGAGCCCUGAAUGCUGAUUGGGUAUGACAAAACAAUAAAACAUUUAUUACGUGGGUAAGCAGUUUAUAAUAGCAAUAAGGCACCUCCGGGGUUUGUGGUAUAUUGCCAAUAUACAACGGCUAAGCACUGUAUCCAGGCACUCCGCGUUGUGUCGUGCCCAAUAACAGCCCUUAGCCGUGGUAUACUGGCCAUAUACCACACCCCCUCGUGCCUUAUUGCGUAACUAUAAAUGGUUGAACUCCUGGGUUUAGGUAGGACAGUGAGUGGGACAGUCAUAGCACUUCCAUACAUCUUCUCCAAGUGUGCGUGUCAAAUGCCACCCUAUUAAAUAGCACCCUAUUCCCUAUUUAGUGCACUACUUUUGACCAGGUACACUUCGUCUACUAGUCUACCAACGGAACACUUCCUCUACUAGUAAACCAAUUUAACACUUCCUCUCCUUCCCCCGAUUGUGAGUUUGGAAGGAUGAAUGGUCAUAUUGUAAACAAAGGAGAAUAAGGGAGGAAUCUUGGUCAUGAGUAAACAUGGUACUAUACACUGAGUCAGCGGGGUGUCGGCGACACAAGAUUUAGGUUUGUUUACACCUUAGCUUUGUCAUUGUCCAGUCUAAAACAAUGGGAGAAGUAGUACCUCCUGUUAGUGUGCUCUAAAAAUCAAGCCCAAGUCACCUCAAAGUCACAUGACUUCAUACAAUAUGCUGGUCUUGGGUAGCCACCUCUGAGAGUUGGUUCCUUUCAGAAGAACACAAGCCUCUACUACAACCUUUCCGUCAGCAUGGUUAGUAGUAGAGUACUGGGCUGGCAGUGACUAGGCAGGGUGCCCCCUUGUGGCCACGUGUAGAAAUGUGUCAGUGGGGGAUGUUAGUCGCUAGCAUCAGCAACAACUAUCAGCUGAUGUCAGAGGAGAGAGACUAGGGAAAAUGAGAGGGAGUGGGGAGAGAAACAAAGGCCACGUGAGGAGCGACGAUGUUGCAGUGAGUGCAGUCAGGGUGUGAAAAGCCCCUAUUGUUGUUAAGAUAGCCACUGUGGUCUGACCUCUGUCCAGCAGCAUGUUUUACCAUCUGGACUUACUGACUACUGGGAACGGUCCCCACUAACACUAUACUGGCCUGGUGGUAAGGGGGACAGUGCACGUUUGGUUUGUUGGGGACCGUGCAUGUUUGUGAGGGGGACAGUACACAUCUGUAAUUCUUGGAGAGAGAACUCAGGGUGGAUAAAGUGGUGUUUUGUCAAAGAUGGUACAGUAGGAUAACAGCAGUACAAUGAAGAGAAUUGCAUCAGAAAACAGGUUGGCCAUGCAUAAAUCAUCUGAUGAUGGAUCAGGGGGAAAAUGGGAUGAAAAGAGACAUAAAAACAAGUCUUUCUGGCAGAAUUUUCGGAAGUCGCAGAAAGAUGUCAUGCGUCAGAACUCAAAAGGCGGCGAGGACAUAGGCUUUGUGGCCAGUGACAUCACUAUGAGUGAUGAAGAGCGUAUCCAGCUGAUGAUGAUGGUGAAAGAGAAGAUGAUCAGCGUGGAGGAGGCCCUCGCAAGGCUGAAGGAGUUUGAGACCCAGAGCAGACAGACCUGCAGGACUGAUCUUACAGAAUGGUCUGAUGCUCCCAGUCCGACCUUGAAUGAGUCCUCCACCAGCAAUCAGUUGUGUGAGCAGUCAGAUAGUGAACAGGAGGAGUCUGGGACAUUUAGACGGCUCCAUAAGCUGGUCACCUCCAGUCGCAGGGUGCGCAAGAAGCUCAUCAGGAUCGACGAGUCCAAGAACCCUGGGUCUGAGGAAUCUCUGAGCAUGGACGGGCCUAUCCUGGGUGAUACCAUGUCCUCUCUGCCCCUGUACUCUGGGGUUGAGAAGAAACAGCCUAUGUCUGGGGGGUGUCGCCACGUUGACUCCCUGCCCUCCUCCCUGCACAACGAGCUGACCUAUGACCUUCAAGACUCCGACAACCUGACCACCUCCCCAUCCUCCUCCUCCUCCUUGGACGCUUGCAGCAGUGCCACACACACCCACAGUCUGGAUACAGUCUCCAUCACCAGCCAGCAGCUCUUCAGGGCCUUCAGUAAGACAGGAGGAUCCAGCCCCAGGAGCUCCAGCCCGGCCUGUAGCCCAGGGAGCCACCCGGACACUGGCCUCAGCGGAGAGGGGAGAGCGACGGGGGCCGGCGGUACUGGUUCCUCCAUGUCAGAGAUAGAGGUUGGUGGUAGAGGGGAUGGACCUAGGAUGGCCCGGUCGGUCACGGAUGGUGAGAUCAGGAGAGUACUCAGCCCACUCAGCUACCAUGGCAGAACCUGUAGCUUUGGAGGAUUUGAUCUGACCAACCGGUCCCUGCACAUGGUCAACAGUGACCCUGACCUCACUUUUAAAGAUGGGGAUGCCAGUGUGAAAGAUGUAGUCAAGUCUCCACCGACAAACCCUCAAAUCUCUUUGGGCAAGAAAGUGAAGUCGGUAAAAGAGACCAUGAGAAAGCACAUCUCCAAGAGAUACCACUGCUCUCUCCCCGAGCAGUCAAGCCCAGAUGCUAUUUCCAGAGGGCCCCAGUCCCCCCACAGCCUCACAGACAGCGACUCUCUGGAGAAACCCAAGCUGAAGGCUGGAGGGUCAGUGGAGAGCCUGAGGAGCUCCCUCAGUGGACAGAGCUCCAUAAGUGGUCAUACGGUGGGCACCACCGACUCCUCUAACAGCAACAUAGGGAGUGUGAAGUCUGAGGAUGGAGAGGAGGAUGAGCCUCCCUACAGAGGACCCUUCUGUGGUCGAGCCAUGGUGCACACGGACUCCACCCCCAGCCCCUACGACACUGACUCUCUCAAACUGAAGAGAGGUGAUGUCAUUGACAUCAUCAGCAAGCCUCCAAUGGGGACGUGGAUGGGCCUGCUGAACAAUAAGGUGGGGACGUUUAAGUUCAUCUACGUGGACGUUCUGGCUGAGGAGGAAGACAAACCUAAACACCCCCGACGUAGGAGGAAGGGAGGGCAGCCCAAACCCACCUCUGUAGAGGAACUGCUGGCGCGCAUCAACCUCAAAGAGCACCUGCCUACCUUCCUGUUUAACGGCUAUGAGGACCUGGACACCUUGAAGCUUCUAGAAGAGGAAGAUCUAGAUGAGCUCAACAUCAGAGACCCUCAACACAGAGCUGUGCUGCUCACCGCUGUGGAGCUAAUUCAGGAGUACGAUGGUAGCAGCGACCAGGGUUCUCAGGAGAAGCUGUUACUGGACCGUAGCGGCCUACUGGGGGACUUCCCACGAGACUCUGGCUGUUAUGAGAGCAAUGAGAACCUGGAGAAUGGAGGGAGGGGCAAGAAGACAUCUUCCAUGAGCAGGUCCUCGUCAGGUUGUGAGUCCAGUCACCUCCCUUCACCAGAGAACCCCAGCCUCCCCUUCAGCCUCUCCCUGACUCACCCCAGCAAAACCACCCUACAGACCAGAUCAGAGAACCAGGCCUCUACCUUACCAUCUCUAAUAGUCCCCAUGACCAGCUACAACCUGAGACCAGAGCAGGGCCAGAGCCAUCACAGAGACACCCAUAUAGCCACGCUGAGGAGCUGGAGCUGUGAGGAGCUGUGGCUGGGAGGUAGGCCUAGUCCCACAGCCCUGGGGCUGCUGCGGCCUUGCCUCUCCCUGGGGGAGCUCCACUCAGACCUGAGCCUCCACACCACUGAACACACCCUGGAAGACCUAGAGCCAGCUCAUACCACCAUGUCCAAGGCCGGGGUGCAGGGAGAACCUACACAAGAGGCUCAACCACACCUACUAAGACACUCAGAAGGACCCUACCCACCCUCACAACCACUGCUCAACACACCUUGUAGUGUUCUGUCUUGUAUGUUAGUUGAACAUAGAAGUUCCCAGGUUAACACACCUUAGUAUCCCCUCCAUCGCAGGGAUGUAGGCCCAAGCAUUGUUUUGCCAAGCCUUCCCUGUCAAACCCAAACCCAUGUGUAUCAUCACCCCCCAGCAAUGACAAGUUACUAGGAUUGUGCCUCUGAACACUAGUCUUUAGACAGCACCUCUUUGGAGAAUGUAUGUAGUUAUGACACAAGCAGCAACCCAGCCCUGCACCUCAGACUGACCGUGCAGACACUCCUCCUUAGUCUGAAGCCGACAAGGACUCAGCCUGCUGUGGGAAGGAAAACUACACCUGUCAGGUCGGGAUCCAUCCUGGAGGAAAGACUGGAGAUAUCUGACAAGAUAAAUGGGCUCUCACCACAUACACAGUACUAUGGUAGUACUAAGAAGGACCAGAUGUGUCAAAGACCACAGCUGGAGGUUCACAGA